CUUGGAGGAGAAGGUCUGGUAGGUGCCGGUGGGCGUAGCACCGUUGAGCGGGAUAGUGCCGCUUUUUGUACCAGUCAGACGGGUGAAGCGUUUCAACGCCAUUAUCGUUGUGUUUCCUGAACCCUAAAAAAAGUGCAAAGGGAUACAGAGAGGAAGCUUUAAAACCCCAAACACGACGUCCUGCUCCUUGCCGUGGAUCCCGAUCUCGAAAGCAAGCAGCCUUAAAACAGGGAUGCUGGCACCGCCGCAGCGCUGUGGGGAGCCAAGUCAGAGCCGAGAGCUUGGAGACCCUUGCAAUCGCCAGUGAUUAUCGAGCGUCGGUCCAUGCAACGAAACAACACGAGCUGUUCAUUUGUCGUCUGCUGGCCGCGCGCGGUUACCUCGAUUUUUGUUUCAACUUGAAAGAGAUGCCAUCUGAUAUGUCGGCUGUCUAUCGUGUCCUGUUCACUCUCUGCCAGUGUCUUUGCCAAUGACAGCUCUCAAGCGCGAUGACGUCGCCAAAGCUAGCGGCUCUCGGCAACGGUUCAGUGUUUCUGCCAAGGCUGAUCGACAGGCUGGUCUGGAACGUCAGAUUCUGAUUGACUGCCGCUCUUCUUUUCUCUUGGAAAUCAAGACUUCUUCUGGUUUGUCCUCUGAGCUAGAGACGUGGGGCCGGCAUCCAAUUGACGCCGGGAUGGAGCAGGAGCAUCAAGCUCCACCCGCCGGACUGGACCCCCGACGCGCGUAA